AGUUCCAGCAGGUUUUAAAAGGCAUGCAGGAUAGAUCGGACACGUGAAAGAGCUUUGGCGCAUGAGCUUAAAACAACCGGUGCAGUAAUUAUCAUAAAAGGUCACUUUUCUUUGUCAAACUUGUUAUGAUGGCAACAAAGCAUUAUGCUGUGAUUUGGAUUGUUUUAUGUUUGGACCUGGUUGAUUCUUCCUUUGAUGAAUGCCACCAGGAAAGAGACAGACUUCAGGCACAGUUAAGGAAUAUGGAGGCUCGUGCUAUUAAGCAGCAGGAGAUGAUCCAGAGGUUGAUGAAACUCAAUCAGGAGCCUCCGCUUCCUCUGAACCAGAGCAUCUUUUUUGACUUAGAAGAUAAAAACUAUACAGAUUGUGCUCAGAUUUUCAAUAACGGUUACAAGAAUAGUGGAUUUUACAUGAUUAAACCUGAAAAGAGCCCGGCUCAGAUUAGAGCGUACUGUGAUAUGAGAGAUGGAGGUGGAUGGACAGUCUUCCAAAGACGCUCCAGUGGUAACGAGUCUUUUGACAGGGGUUGGAGUGACUACAAAGCUGGUUUUGGUGAUAUGGAAUCUGCAAAUGGAGAGUUCUGGUUAGGGAAUGACAACGUACAUUAUCUGACAUCCCAAGGUGAUUACAGCUUGAGGAUCAACUUGGAAGACUUUGAGGGCAAACACCGUUUUGCCAUGUACAAAAAGUUCCAUGUUGACAGUGAACAGAAUCAUUACCAGCUGCAGUUUGAUGGAUACAGAGGGAGUGCAGGAAACUCAUUCUUGGGCAGCUACAACCCUGAGGUGCAGAGUUGGGCAAGUCAUCAGGGCAUGAACUUCAGCACUAAAGACAAGGACAAUGAUCGCUAUGAGGGCAACUGUGCUCUGGAAGACAUGUCUGGCUGGUGGUUUAACAGAUGUCACUCUGCCAAUCUGAAUGGACUGUACUAUAAGGGGCCGUACAGCGCAGUGACUGACAACGGGAUAGUCUGGUACACCUGGCAUGGCUGGUGGUACUCUCUCAAAAGAGUGGAAAUGAAGAUCCGACCAAGUGCCUUUGAACCUAAUGAAGUCUAACAUAACACCUUUUACCACUGCCCAGUACAGUACCAGUCAAAAGUUCAGUUACGCCUACUCAUUCAUAGGUUUUUCUGUAUUUAAACUAUUUUCUACGUUGUCAAACAAUACAGAAGAUAUCAAAAUUAUGAAAUAACAUAUAGAACUGAAUUGAAUUUGAAGGUGUGUCCAAAACCCAUUGCAUUAGAAGGUGUAUUUUGACUGGGACUGUACACCGAUCAGCCAUAACAUUAUGACCACUGACAGGUGACGUGAAUAACAUUGAUGAUCUCACUACAGGGGCACCUGUCAAGGGGUGGGAUAUAUUAGACAGCAAGAGAACAGUCAG